GAAAAUCCUCCACUGUCGAAGCCGAGACUUGGAGCUAGUCAGGGCUAGCUUUUAAUGCUAAUGCGAGUAUAAUAAUAAUAAUAAAAAAUAUUAAAAAUGCAGGUUUUAAUUAAUAUCGCUUUGAUUUUUAUUUUGUUUGUCUCGCUUUUCGGAGGCAUUUCCGCAGAGGGAAACGGAAGAGGAUUUGGGGAGCACAUCCACUGGAGAAGCCUGGAAGAUGGGAAAAAAGAGGCAGAAGCAAGUGGACUACCAGUAAUGGUCAUCAUUCACAAGACCUGGUGUGGGGCCUGCAAAGCGCUGAAGCCCAAGUUCUCUGAGUCGAAGGAGAUCUCCGAGCUGGCUCACAACUUCGUCAUGGUUAACUUGGAGGAUGAAGAAGAGCCAAAAGACGAUGCCUUCAGCCCAGACGGAGGCUACAUUCCCAGAAUACUCUUUUUAGAUCCCAGUGGUAAAGUCCGUCCUGAGAUCACGAACAAGAACGGAAACCCAAACUACAAGUUUUUCUACAGCAACGCCGAUCAAGUUGUAACCAGUAUGCAGGAGGCUCAGGAGAAGCUGACUGGCGACGCGUUCAGGAAGUCACACCUGGGUGACGAACUGUGACGAAACGCAUGAAGGCAGCCUAGCUAGCUCGCAGCUGGUACACCACACUCACUACUGCACCGUUUGGGUUCAGCCCUAAACCUCGACACCUCAUUUCAGCCCACAAACUUCCAGAACCCCAUCUGUGCUGCACCAAAAUCAUUUGUUUGCUUUGUCUGUAAAAACAGCAUAAAACGAACCGAAGCGGACUCGUUCAGCGUCCGUCGGCCAAGGGUGCUACAGAAUUAUUUUUUUCCUCCCAGAGGUGUAUAUAUACACAUAGGAAUUUACUCGUAGGCUCUGUUCUUUAUCACGCCUUCAUCUAGCUGUUAAUCACGGAGCAAUACGUUCACAUGGCUCUGGGACUCGUCCUGAUUUUGUUAAAAUGCUGAGCACACCAUGAGAUGAUAUGUGGGAUAUCACGUGCUUCCAGGCCACAUCUUUGUGUAGUGGAGACUCCCAUGAAGAAAUGGCCUUAUUAACCUUCACUAUUCUGUUCUAGUAUAGACUGAUCCCAAACAUGGGCGAUUUUUAUAUUUAUGAUCUUAAAUAGUCCUAAAAUUGACCUAAAAUAUAUUUCUUAUCCUGUGAAAUUUCUGUAAGCCAAUCCACAAUAUAUGGAUUUGCCUCUGGUUUUGUAAGACUUAGGGUUUUUAUUGUGAAAUGUCUUUAAAUGGAAACAGGAAGUGACACAAAUGGGUGUUUAAUGUGGUUGCCACACUUUUUUUUUUUUUUACAUGGAUGUAUACAGCCAAUAGUACAAUUAAAGCUGGUACUUGAUUGAUUAACGUUA